CAAAAAACUCCGAAGAGCGCUCCUUAAGUAAACUCUUGCGCCCUUCAAUUUUUUGGGCUUACACCUCGUAGAAUCUCUGGUGAUGUUGCAGGACCACCUCCUUCUUUCCUCCAUCUUGAGCCUCCCCUUCCUCCUUUUCUUCCCCCUUUCUGCCAUCCCCCAAUGGCGCCGAAAUCAUCUCCCAAGCAGUCGUCCGGGAUGGGCGGCUGGCUCAAGCUGAUCGCCAUCCUGCUUGGCGUGUUCACCCCGAUCGUAUACCUGCUGGAGCAGAACCUUGAGUCCUUUUACGUAUUCGACCUCGACCAGCUCAAGGAAGUCAGCCAGCGCGGCAUCGACUUGCACGGCAACAACACGCGCGCCAUCGUCAAGUACAUUGUCGACGAGCUGAGCGGCCAGCCCAGCUUGUCCAGCUACGUCAACCUGGACGAGCAGUGGGUCUUCAACAAUGCCGGCGGCGCCAUGGGGGCCAUGUACAUUAUUCAUGCUAGCAUCACCGAGUACCUCAUCAUCUUCGGUACCGCCGUCGGCACCGAGGGCCACACGGGGCGGCACACGGCCGACGACUACUUUCACAUCCUGACCGGGGAGCAGCACGCCUACGUUCCCGGGGAGUACGAGCCCGAGAUAUACCCUCCGGGCAGCGUGCACCACCUCCGGCGGGGCGACGUGAAGCAGUACAGGAUGCCCGAGAGCUGCUUCGCGCUCGAGUACGCGCGCGGCUGGAUCCCCCCGAUGCUCUUCUUCGGCUUCGCCGACGGCCUGACCAGCACGCUCGACUUCCCCACCUUGUGGCGCACCACAUGGUUGACGGGCAAGCAGAUGCUGGGCAACCUCGCAAAGGGCAAGCUUUAAAACGUUUCCUGAUGGGACGGAUGAUGAGGGUAAGAGAGAGAACCGGGCUUGGAAAAGGCAAGCUAUUCAGCUUGGCGUUCGAGCUCGAGUAGAGUCGAAGAUGGAUGGGGGGAUGGCGAUUCUCCCGAAUCUAGGGGUCCUACAUCUAUCUACUAUAUGUAGAAUAUAUAAUCUGUAAUAAACUUCUGUACGAGCCCGGCCCGCAGUGUGCGAGCCUAUCACAAAGUGCGUCUAGCUGGCAGGCGGGUAGGCUUGUAUGGACUAAGGAUGUUCUCUAGCCGCUCUUGCAAGUUCUUGACGCCACGACUUCAAGUUGCGUCAGAGCAGAAAGGCUCCGGGACGAACCUCACGAAGAGCAUGGCUUACAGGGGUAAAUGCGACAUUCAUCCAACUCAAAAUGUUGCCACUGAACCACUUUUUCAUUUUUCAAAUACCUUAGCCUCGGAACAUCAUCGCCGUGACCGCC